AUGGAGAAGACGAGCCUCUCGUCGGCGCUGUUCGCCGGCACCCGCUUCGACCGCAAGCGCUUCGCCGGCGACAUCGCCCGCUUCCGGAAGGGCGGCACCCCUGCCGCCGCCCCCGAAGCCGCGCCGCCGCCGCCGGCCCCGGAGAAGAAGCGGAAGCGCAAGAGCAAGAACAACGCCAAGAAGAUUAAGAAGAAGAAGAAGCGCGCCGAUGGGGCCCCCUCUGAUGUUGUGGAGGGGUUCAGCGUGUUCAAGGGGGCGGAGCUGAAGGAUGCUGCUGCGGACGACUCUGUGGAGGUGGAGCCGCGGAAGGAUGAGGACACAGAAGCUGAACGGCGGCGGAAGGAAGCCGAGAGGGAAAUCGAGAGAGCUGCCAUUCUCCGCAAGAGAUUUGACAUCCACAUUUCGGGUCACAAUGUCCCAGCACCGCUUGAGAGCUUUGAAGAACUGGUUUCGAGGUAUGGCUGUGAUUCAUAUUUGGUUGGGAACCUGUCAAAACUUGGAUUUCAAGAGCCUACACCUAUCCAAAGGCAGGCCAUAUCCAUUCUUCUUUCAGGCAGGGAAUGCUUUGCUUGUGCACCUACAGGCUCUGGCAAGACGCUGGCUUUCUUGCUCCCGAUACUUAUGAAAAUCAAGCCAGGGUCCAAAGGAGCUGUCAAAGCUGUUAUUCUUUGCCCGACAAGGGAAUUGGCAGCACAAACUACCAGAGAAUGCAAGAAGUUUGCAAAGGGAAGGAAGUUCUCUAUCAAGCUAGUGACCAAGGAUCUUUCGCAAGAUGGGAAUUUCAAGGAUAUGCACUGUGAUAUCCUUGUAUCCACCCCCCUUCGUUUGAACCAUGCUAUACAAAAAAGAGACCUUGACUUAAGUAGGGUGGAGUACCUUGUCUUGGAUGAGUCUGAUAAGCUUUUUGAGCUUGGAUUUGUUGAAGUGAUAGACUCAGUUGUUAAAGCAUGCUCAAACCCUUCAAUAAUCCGAUCUUUGUUCAGUGCCACAUUGCCUGAAACAAUUGAGGCUCUUGCACGCACAAUAAUGCAUGAUGCUGUUCGGGUCAUUGUGGGAAGAAAGAAUUCAGCAUCCUCACUGAUUAAGCAACGGUUAAUUUUUACUGGAACUGAGAGGGGGAAGUUGAUAGCUCUUCGCCAAAGCUUUGCAGAAUCCCUGAAUCCUCCGGUGCUGAUAUUUGUUCAAAGUAAAGAGAGGGCAAAAGAGCUCUACAAGGAACUGGCAUUUGAUGACAUUAGAGCCGAUGUAAUUCAUGGAGACCUUAGUGAAGAGCAGCGCGAAGAUGCUGUUGACAACUUGAGAGCUGGCAAGAGUUGGGUACUAAUAGCAACGGAGGUCCUUGCCCGUGGAAUGGAUUUCAAAGGUGUCAACUGCGUAAUCAACUACGAUUUUCCAGAGUCUGCUUCUGCCUAUAUUCACAGAAUAGGGCGGUCUGGAAGAGCAGGCAGAUCGGGGGAGGCGAUCACGUUCUUCACAGAGGAGGACAAGCCAUUCCUGCGCAACAUUGCGAAUGUGCUGGUAUCUUCAGGCUGCGAGGUUCCUUCCUGGAUGGUGGCAUUGCCGAAGCUCAAGAGCAGGAAGCACAGGGUGGACAGGGACCACAUUUCCUUUUUAACUGAUGAAGAUUGAGAUGCUGCGAUUGUAAGUUUAUAACCAUAACGAUUUGUUAGAUGACACGUUUGGCUUCAGUUUUCCAUGUUUGAUUGCCUUGUGUGUCAUUCAUUCUGUUCGGCUAAAAAUUAAUACAUGAGAUGGGCUUA